AUGGGUCGUUUCGUCACACCAUCCAAAGUCGUGAUCCUGAUCUUAGCACGGCUUUACUUGAAGAAUUCGGUACCGUUCUCAGGCACCACCAAAGUUCUCGAUGUAUUGAUGAGCAAAAUCUUGCCUGAUGCAAGCGACCGAGAUGACUCGGUGCAGCAGCAAGAUGGUGAGGAUAUACUUGACCUGGAGAAGGCUCUAGCGAGAGAACAAUCAGCCAUACCAGGCAGAAGCAUCUGGGAUUUGCUCUUGAAAGACAUGUGGACAAUUGAUUGUGUUGAUGCACUUGAUGACUUCAUCACCCAAACCCCUUUACUACUUGGUAAAACACGCGAGGACUUGCUCAGGGAGCGUGAUAAGGGAGUUGUCCCAGAACCUGCUGGCAAAGUCGUCAGAACUUCUCCGCUUGGCACUUUCAUUCGACGCUGCUCGCUCGAGUACGUGAGAUUGCAGUUCCAGGACAGCGUGGCAUUAUGGACCGACUUCGUCGCCUACCGUAUGCCUUCCAAAGCAGCAUUUACGAGGAGGAACCCACACGCUCUCCAUAACGCAUUUGACGUUAAUCUGGCUGAUCUGGACAUCGAUAUAUCACAUCCUCUCGCAUCUUUGAUGUAUAGAUCUUUGGUUGACGAUGGCGACACCACUCAGACAUCCGCCAGCACGUACGACGUGGAGAAGCUUAUGGAGUUUCAAGUCUCGGAAAUGCAGGGCUACGGUGGAAGAUUGCCAGAAAUGAUGAAGACGACAAUGAAGAGGAUGGCAGCAGCCGGUACUUCUGCGCCAAAGCUUGCUCAUUAUCUCGCUUUUCUGGAUUCAUGGCGAGCAGGUGAUUUCACUUCUGCCUUCGACAAUUUACAUCGUUAUUUUGAUUACACGAUACAAGCCCGCGAUCGAACCUUCUACCAGUACGCCCUCCUAAACCUUGCAAUACUGCAAGCCGACUUCGGCUGCUAUGACGAAGCUAUACCAGCCAUGCAAGAAGCUAUCUCUACCGCUCGUGAGAACAGGGACACAGUCUGCCUCAAUUACUGUAUGUCAUGGCUCUACCACUUUGGUCGCGCAUUUCCCUCUCAGAUGCAAGCAAUCCGUGACACUGGCAUAUUAGCGAACGAAAGCGAGGGUCUGAACUUCUUGAAGAGUAGAGCCAAGGAGGCCGAGAUGUGGACACUUCUCAGUACAUCACACCUUUCUGAGGCAAAGCUCUCACUGCAGCACGGUGAAAGUAUUGCGGUGUGCUUCGAGAACAUUGUGAAAGCUGCACAUAUCAACAUCAUCAAAGCGGUGCCCAACAGUACCGGUCUAGCACUGCUCAUGAAGACCGCUCUUUUUUCUCGCAUAGGCCAGACUCGUCUUGCUCAAUCUAGUGGAGAACGAUUUCUGUUGUGUCAUUCUCACGAAGCACCUUUAGAAGAUACAUUGAAAUGUACUACCCGACAAGCUGGUUUUCUUGCACAAAUGGGUCGCUUAUACGAAUCCGAACGCGUGCUUGCAAGCAUACCAAGCAAGGUUACCAAUGUUCUCAAAUACAGGACAUACCACACAGUAUCGACACUCAUUCUGCGGGCGCGUCGACUGCUGCAUAGGGACAACCUGACUGCUGCAAGUCACAUCGUUGGACAACUCGUAUCACAGCAGCCACAUUCUGAGGUUGAUACUUCAACGCAAGUCAGCCUUCUCGAGAUCGAUCUGCUCAUACGUCAACGCGAGUUUCUGCGGGCACUCGAGAAGAUAGAGAUUCUGGCUGAUAAAGUCUUGGUGGAAAACAAUGACGUGCUACUCAUGGCCAAACUUCUGACGAUGAAAGCACAGCUGUAUGCCAAAAGCGACAAAGCGCACCAAGGAUUUAGCCUUGCCAUGCGAGCGGUCCACAUGUCAUAUCGGUCAAGAGUGCUUCCUGCCAUGUGGGAUGCCGUACUCGCGCUCUCGCACAUUCUGAACGCAAGCUAUGAAUUCGCUGCUGCAAGAGAUUUGUUGACAGCAGCCUUGCCGCACGUAUUAGAAUGCUUGGAUUGCGAUAUUGCAGGACGAUGCUACAUGCUUCUAGCAGACGCGUACAUGGGCUUGGCAGGUUUGCAGAAUGCUACGAGCAAUGGAAAGCAAAACACAGAGGUCAAACUGUUGAUGAGUAACGCGACUGAUAUGCUUGAAAAGGCCGCAGAGCAACUCCGCUGGAUCGAAGAGCUUGAGGGUCAGCUAGAGAUACUCGCCAAAUUAAGUGCAAUAUCUUCCUGGCGUGGAGAUACCGGGUUGGCAGCUGAGAUCGGGGACAAGUAUAUGAGUUUGAAGAACAGUUACGCAAGCGAACAGAUUUGA